UUUAGUUUGUAUCAAACUUGUUCCUCGACCCUACGGAAGGCACAAAGUUCUUUCUUGUCAGUUUGAUAAACAGUAAUGUGCAAACCUGAUAACAGGACCACAGGAUGAAGACAAGAGCCCUUUUCUUUGAGGUAUUCGUUGCGAUGUCAUUACUACAGAGGAUUAAUGCAACAAACAGGAAAUUAACUUGUGGAUUUGUUAUUGGUCACUCAGCUGAGUUCCAUGCAGUGAACUCAGUCUUCAACAACGCCUCCAGGUCGAGUAAUGUCUCAGUGGUUUUAAAGAAAUUUAACAUUUCUGACCCAGUGAAUCUAUUUAAUCAAGCCUCUACGAUUUUCAAAAGCAACGUCAUUACACUUAUUGAGGGAAUUGAAGCGACGACGCCCGCAUGCGCACUGUCUACGGUAACUGGUAUUCCACUCAUUCGUCUCCGACAUGACAGUGGACCCUUAGGCCAUUGUGAGAAGUCGAUACAGAUGUCAGUGGGAUACAAAGACUAUGCGCGUGCAACACUUGACAUUGUGAAUACCUUUGGAUGGAAAAACAUUGUUCUUGUCUAUGAAGAGCGUCACGUGUACAAGGCUGGCUUUUUCGUCGCUAUCACCCAAAAAUUACAGCUGACUGUGAAUUUAGUUCAACUCUCUGAGCAGGGACAGGACGAAGAGCAAACAGCACCCAUACAGACAGCAAUGGAACAAGUAAAGGACUUUGAUGCUGAAAUUGUUGUACUCUACUUGGAAAAUAAAAACAUCCAGCUAAUGUUACAACAGAAGCCUUGCAACCACAGAAAGACAUAUAUUUGGAUUAUCCAAGGACAGGUGGAUAUGCCUUUGAAUUUAACCUGCUACCAAAAUUCAGUGGUAGCUUUAAAGCUGUCGUACGAUGAUCAUACAGUUGACGAUCUGCUGAAGCUUGCACUUGGAAAUAAUCUCAGCAGUUCCGUUGACAAGCAUUUGGCCGCAGUUAGUUUUGACGCAGUCCAGAUAAUCAACAGUGCAGCAAGUAGAGAGCCUUGUUCAUCAAUCAACGGGUCUGAUAUUGGUCCUGAAGAAACCAAAGCAAUGUUAACAUGCUUAAGGAAGGUCAGUAUCAAUGGAACUACAGGAAUUCUCCAAUUUGACGAGCAAGGAGAACGUACAAGAAUUGAUCUGAAAAUUUUAAAUCUUCGUAACAAUUCAUUUAAGAGAAUAGGUACCUGGAAUUCAACUAAAGGCGCCGUGUUGUCUGGAAAUAUCCUGCGUAACAUGGAUAACCCACUAUCGCAAACAACUCUGGAGGGGAGAAAGCUAAGGGCUGUUGUGUUAAUGGAUUCUCCCUUUAUAAUGAGGGUGAAAAAUGAAAAUGGCGGAUUUUCGUUUGAAGGAUACUGCAUUGACCUUCUGAAUGAGCUGGCAAGAAAUCUUAAAUUCACCUAUGAGCUCUACCUCUCCCCUGACGGGAAGUACGGCACUGAAAAUGAAGAUGGAACUUGGAAUGGAAUGAUGAACGAGAUUGUAAAUGAGCGCGCCGAUAUGAUCGUUGCGGCACUCACUAUAACAGAAAGCCGUGAAAAGGUAGUGGACUUUAGCAUACCUUUCAUGUAUUACACUGAAGAUAUACUAUUGAAAAAAACAUCAGUCAAGGAAAAGUAUGACCUGCUGCAGUUUAUGAAUCCGUUUGAUAAUCAAGUUUGGUUCGCUACCUUGGCUACCCUCGUGAUCAUCUCCAUUGCUGUGUUUGUAAUAAAUUACUACAGUCCUUAUGGAUACAAAGAUGAAAAUGGUCGAGGAACAUCUGAGGAGUUUAGUUUCUUCAACAGUGUAUGGUUUGCUUUGGCCUGCAUGCUGCAGCAAGGAGGAGAUAACACGCCAAAAAGUCUAUCAGGUCGUAUCCUCACUGGUUGCUACUGGUUUUGCAUAUUAAUCUGGGUCUCAACAUAUACUGCUAAUUUGGCCGCUUUCUUCACCGUAAAGAAUGCCGAACAUCCGAUCAACAACCUAGAAGACAUCGUAAAAUCAUCGUAUUCGGUAGCAAUACUCGACUCCUCCAGCACUUCAGAGUUCUUUAAGACCAGUGGCUACGAAACACACAAAAAAAUAUGGCACAAAAUCAAAUCGGACGGAACUCUAGCUAAAGACACAGCUCAGGGCGUUGAGUGGGUGAGAGAGAAAGAAGAGUUCGCGUUUAUCACCGACAGGCCUUUUCUUCAAGAUAUCGCCAAUAACAAACCCUGUGACCUACAAGUUGUUCCAGGUCUAAGCACGUCCAAAGGACUUGCACUCGCCUUCCAAGCCAAUGAUCCUCACGUGAAUGACUUCACACUGGCCAUUUUGCGUCUGCACGAGAAUGAUUUUCUCGCCAGCUUGAAAAGAAAGUGGUGGGAGAGUACAAAUAAAUGUCCAGUUGAAGAGGAAACAUCUUUGUCCCGAAAGCGAAUCGGUCUAAUGAGUAUGCUGGGUGUGUACAUUGUUUUGGCUGUUGGAAUGAUAAUAGCAUUCAUGACGCUUGCGGUGGAACAUUACUGGAAAAGAAAAGCUAAACAAGCGCUGGUAGACAAGCUGCAAAGGACAAAGCUUCGUUCAGUGAAAAUUCGCCCAGGACCCCCUUAGAUAACGUAAUUGUCCACAUGUUUUGUUACGCACCUUCUUACUCCGUCUAUAAGAAUACGUGGAUGAUUUUUGUCGUUGGUUCUACUUUGAAUGAAAGUUAUUCUUAUCAUAAAUCUUCGAAAAGCAAAAAAGUAAGGUGGGUGGGGAGGGAAAAAAAACUUUCAUCAAAAUUCAAAUCAGGAGUUUGGAUCCAAAGGUUAGCUCAACAUAAAGUUGACGUAGAUUGUCACGGUCGCUGUGAUGUCUGAAAACCUGACGUUUCGAUCUCUGUCCAUUCUAGUGUCACCCUACUUUGUACAUAGUUUUGUCAGUUCUCUAAGAUUUGUACUAUGAGUCCAGUUUGAAGUUUAUCUGUCGAGAUCUAGGAACGCUAUUACGUAAUAUCUCAAUAGUGAGGUUUUGGCUAGGUGGAACCUAUGGUCACCAAUAUAAAUUGAAAAACAAACAAACAAAAGAAAAACUAGACAAAACAAAAAAAAAAACAAAUCUACACUUCGCAAGCUAUGAGAUCACGACAGAUAAAAACGAACAAUAAAGACAGCUAAAAGCACUC